AGAAAAUAGAAAAUGGCGAGUCUGUGCAAAAAGCAGCAAUGCACAAUCGACAGGCGCGGCUUUCGGCAGGAACUUGACUCUUGGCGACACAAACUUAUUCACUGUGUAGGUUUUGAGAGCAUCCUUGAAGGUCUGAUUGGUCCAGAGUUGGUAAAAGAACUAAAAGUAUUUAAGGACUUUGAGCCUAUUACUGUGUCUGACUGGUCAUUUGAUGAAAAUUGUCUGUUUUGCUGUUUGAGGAGAGAUAAAGUCAAAGAACACCUAUUUGGCUUCAACAAGAAUCAUCUUGAAGAUGCACCUAAACCUCUUCUAGUUAAAGAUCAGAUCAGAAUCAUCAGACUAGAGAAGAAGGCUGAGGAGUUUCUCAAUGCAAUUCUUUGCAGAAAAGGUAUUUCUUCAGAUGUGCCAAAUUUCUCAGACCCACACAUUCCAGUAGUGGCUCGAGAGAUUCUUCAGAGAAUGAUCAGCCAGUUUGCAGCCGAAUAUACCUCAAAAACCAGCUCUCCUCAGGACAGUCGCUCAGACUCCCCGCCUCCCUCUGACCAAAGCCGGUUGGCCCCACUCCUUCCAUCAGGGACUACUUCAACCAGCCCUGCUAACACCCUGGUUGGAGCAGCACAAAACCAGAACCCGGUCUUGAGCAAGCUUCUCAUGGCUGACCAGGAUGCUCCCUUAGACCUCACCAUCAAGAAGCCUACGGCAGAGCCCCACGAACAAGAUGGAGUUCUUGACUUAUCUAUCAAAAGGAAUCGCUGUAGCAGCAACAGCAGCAUAUCUUCCCGCAGUGUCUGCCUUUCCCCAGCUACAGUCUCGCUGAAGUGGCCGUCGUUGAGAGCGGACGGACAAGUCGGGCUGUUUAUGAAGAACCUACAGAAUGGGAGGAGGAGGGAGAAUAUCGGCCAUUCCACCUGUUUUAAGCCUACCUCAUCACUUGCAUACUCGCUACACAUCAAAAAGGAGCCCAAACUGGAGAGCGACCCCAAGUCACCACUUAGCCAAUCCCAUGGGUGCAACCACACUGAGCUUCCAGGAAGAAAUGCUGCUUCUUCCUGGAAUUGUAAAACCAAUUUUGGAGCCCUACUGAAACUUAAAACCAGUGAUGAUGCUAACGAGCACUUUAAAGAUAUACCACAACUUUUGGAGGCCGCUGGAGUUUUGUCCAAGUCAUUUUCUGUUGAGAAAGAAUACAUUAAGGAGGCAAACAAAAGCCAAGAGCAUUCCCUAUCCUGCUCACCAUCUUUUGACAUCAAGAUUCCUCAUGUGCGAGUUUUAACUACAGGAUCAAAGCCUUCUUGGGAUAAUAUGCCUUCUGAAUAUUCAGAUGUAGUCAGUAAAAAUGUUGUUGGAAAGAAGCUUUGCUCUAUACUUCCCAGACAGAUCCAGAAAAGGAGCAGUGUGGGAUCUAACAGCUCAGGGUCAGAGAAGGAAUAUUGGUCUUUUCCCACUGACCACCCAGCCCUUGCGGGGAAUUGUUCUGCGGACUCAGAAACAGAUCCAGGAAACAGGCUCCCCAGGAAGAAGCGAGGGCGAUAUCGGCAAUACAACACAGAGCUACUCGAAGAGGCUAUUGUGGUGGUGAUGGGUGGGAAAAUGAGCGUGUCUAAAGCCCAGUCUGUCUAUGGGAUUCCACACAGUACCCUGGAAUACAAGGUUAAAGAGCGUCUAGGAACCUUAAAACAUCCCCCCAAAAAGAAACUGAAAUUGACCAGUAAUGUGGAGGAGGAGGGUCUUUCAUUGUCUCCUGAUGGGAUUGAGAACACCGUCAACAUCCUCUCCCAGGAUAGAGAGAAGCCACCGCAAGAAACUGGAAAUGUUUUUAAUAAUGUCCAAUGAGUGAGUUUUUUCUGAAACCAACUAACAGUUUUUUAUUUAACCAAUGCAUCUGCUGCAUUGUGCAGCAGUUGACUUGGUUUUCCACAAAACCUCAAUAACUUUAUUUGUUAUUAAUUUAUUUAUUUUAUCUCCAGUCCUGAUUAUAUUUACUUAUGAUAUUCAAAUAUGUAAGCGUCUCCUUGCGGUACAAGUAGAUUUCCAGUAAAAUGCAAAAGUAUUUAUUCACUCGUAUGUUAUUAUAUUAAGAAAUUACGAAAAGAUAUGUGGGCACUGUACACUACAAUGAGUUGUUACACACAGCAAAUAAGAAGACUAGAUAUCUGGCGCCCCUGUGUGUUUCCUUUAAGAACACACAGGAAACAAACCCUGUGUGUUUCCUUGAAGUGCUUUUCAAAUCUUCAAAGUAAAUUUGCAGUAAUUCUAUGGAACUAUAAAGAUUACUUUAACUUACAAAUGAUUUAUGGAAACAUUUCCUUUUAAAUUACAUUUGUGUGUCGUAAUAUAACAUAAUUAUUAAUUUAUCCAUUAAAAAAACAAAAUAUUUAUUUAUGAUUAUCGUAUUCUAGCAAGACUAUUUUGCAUUUUAAUCCCCCUUUCUAUCCUAGUCUAAUAUAUAUUUCCAUGCAUGAUUUUCACGCAUGUGUAAUUUAUACUCUUUCUUUUAUAUGGCUUCACUGCAUUGAAGUGUAGUUCAUAUUGAGAGGCUAACUAACCCUUAGCCAAAGAAAAUUUCUUACUCAUAGUGUAUUAAUGUCCGUUUAUCACAAUAUGACAGGUACAGUGUGAUUUGUUUAGUUUUUGCCUCAAGCAAGCUUCUCUCCCAGACAGGUUUGUUGGUCCUUACCUCAAAAUAACUUUACAAACCAGUGGCACAGUAGUCUAAGUCUUCAGUUCUCAGUAUGAUUAAUUUUUGCAUCAAUAAGAUACUAUUUGAUCAAAAUGGUGCUUUCUUUAAUCAAUAGUUUUCUUCAGGUAACUAUCAAGGGUAUCAGAGUAAAAUAAUCCCAGUGAAAGCUAGUUGUCAGACUUUAAUUCAUGACUAAAUUCAUUGAAGUUUGCAUUUUAUGUUGGAAAAAAUAUGAAAAGGUUUAAGGGGUAUCAAUACUUUACAAGCACUGCAGGUGUAAAUGGAUAUCUACAUGCUUAGGUAUCCAUUUACACCCUGCAGUGAUAACUCUCUUUCCUUGAGGUAACUCUUUCCUUUAUUCAGUAAUGUCUUGUGGCACCUACUUCUUCACAUUCUUAUUAUACAUUAUUUGUUGCUAGACUUAAUAAGCUUAAAUUAAAAUAGUUCCAAAACUAGUCUAUAUCUAAGGAAAAAAAAACCUUUGUCUACCAGGCAGGCUUAUCGAUGGACACUUUGAGGUACUCCAGUGAUGUCAACAAAAUUGACAUAACAUAACACUAAUAAGGGAUAAGUAUAAGGAGUAAAUAUUUAUUGAGGGCAUAUUUGCCAAUUUGAUAAAACUUUUUGCCUGUUUUUUUUCUUGAGUUGGCCACAUCCAGCAGUUCACAUCAAGGAUACACCAUCACUUUUAUCUCAGGACGUUCUGGAGUAAUGGGGUCGUGACCCAUUAUUCUUUUAUCAGGUUAACACAACUCCAGCAAAUCUUGCUAUUGAAGCUUUUGCAAUACUCGCUGCCUUUCAGAUAGAUACUGGUGGUGGUACGUGGUUAUUAAUAGUCGAUGUUUUCACUAAAACAUUAUUUUCACUACACUCUUAUGAUGUAUAAAAAUAUUUAGAUUUAGAGAAAUCAGGCAAUUAUUUAAGAGUAAAACAUGUUCAGGGAUAUAAACCUUUGGUAUGUCAGCACAGUAACAAUAGAGAGCGAAUAAACCUACCAAUUUAUCAUAGGUUGCUUCAUGUCGUCUUUUUGACCAGUCUUUGGUCAAAUGCAGGUGUUCAUCUUCAAAUGAUUUUCAGUUAUCAAAUGUUUUAAUAAUUUUUUAUCAGGUAUUGUUUAUUGUUGGGGGAGGAAAAAUACAAAAACUUCUUAAGCUAUUGCUUUACGUAACACAAAACAGUGCAGUUGAUUUUUGAUGUGUUAAGUUUUUAGUUUUUUUUAUAGACAAUCAUCCAGUGCAGCUUUGAAGACACUGAUAGUUUCUUUUGUAAUCUUAGUCAUUUAUUAAUUUGAUUCACUGUUUUGUGUUUUUCACACUCUGUUGUAACAGUGUUAAUAAUCAACUACCUCACAGGAACAUAAUAAGAUUUUACUGUUAUUAUAUUUGUAGCAUUUUCCAAUGCAUACAACACACCGAAUACUGUAAGACACUUUCACAGAAUAAAAACAGCAGUGCAAUUUAAUACGUAAAAUACAUAAAAAUGUAAUAGUAUCUACAUAUUCUAGAGCUAGUAAAUGCACUGUGAUCUACAAAUUGUCUAUUACACUGACGUUGGUUUCUUCUACUGAGGGUGUAAACUGUGUUUUUGUCUUGUGAUUCAAAACUUCACUUCUGCCUCAAUUUUUCCUCCGGCUGAUAAUAUAUUUUGUCCAUGCACUUCUUUUCUGAUAUUAAUACAUUGUUUUCAGCAUGCUAUAGGCCAUGUAACAAAGAAUGUAAACAUCUAUAUCAUGAAAAAAUAUUACUACACAGAAAAGUUGGUAAACAGAAGUGUAUAUCUUGUAAAUGUUGCUUAACUUCACUUAGCAAAUACAUGACAACCAAAGUCUCUUACUGAUAACGUGGCUCUCAAAAUCACUGUACAGCAUUUGUGUCUUUGCUUUGGCAUUUGAAGAGUAUAAAGAAACACACCAAUAUUUUUGCAUGAUUGGGCUAAACUGUGUGUUUUAGAAGUUUUGUUGUAUCUGCUGUAAAUUGUCCUGAAGAUGUUUUCAUAUUAACAAAUGCUCGACCUUUGUGUGAUUUGAUGUAAAAGUAGGAAUUACUGUAACUUUGCAUUGGACGUAAACCAGUUCAAAGUCUCAAAAAAAUUUUACUUCAGAGUAUGGUCAUAUUAAAGUAGUAAAAAUAUUGUUGAGAACUUUAGGUAGUUUAGUAACUAAAUUCAUUAAGUGGAAUAGAUGAUAUGGUUUAAUUACACACAAACUGUUGUUUUCAAGCCUCUAUUUAUUUUAAUUAUGAUUUGACACAGCCAAUGAAAACAGUUAAUAUUAUAAUAUUAAAUCAGACUAUUCAAAACAUUUCAAAACAAAAAUGUGGGUUGAUAAAAACCAUAUUAAUGCCUGCUUAAAGGUUGUUUUCAAGAUGUACUUCAAACUUUACUUUGACUAACAGUCCUCACAGAAACGUAUAUUCUAAUUUAUUGAACAUGACUGCAUACAAAAAUUGUCUAGAUUUGUAAUUUGUAAUGUAUAGAUUCUGUAUACUCCAGUACUCCAGUAUCAGCCAUGUGGAUGAAUUUGCCUGUUUGUAAGUUUGGAUAGGUUGUUUUAGUGGAAGAAUAAUGCCUGUACUUGGUGUCCAUUCCUCAUGGCAAUGCUGAACGACACCCUCAGGGACAACACUUUUCUUAUUUGUUAUUCAGGUACUCCACUUUACACCUUAAACUUUGCAAGCAGAGAUGUGAAGUUAAUAAAUGCAACCUUUAAAAAUAUAAUGGGUUCUAGUUGCAGGAAGGCCUGUGUUUUAAUCUAAAAUUUAUUCUUAAAACACCAACAGGUACAUUAGCAUUUUUGCCAAGAUGUGUACAUUUACUAUUUGAGUGUUGGUUUUCAGUUUUAAAUUAUUGUGGGUGAAUGUUGGUCUUUAUGUUUUGAUCUGUGCUUGAAAAAGUUUAAACUAAUGAAAAACAGCUAAAUGCAAAAUCUUUGUUUUACUUUUUAAUUAAUCCAAUGUUUUUUCGCCAUGCAUAACUAUACACUGUACUAACACUUCAAAAGAGGUUACAUUCUUGCUUGAAAACUAACUUUAAUAAUAUUUAUUUGGUCCAUUUUUGUAUAUAAGAGCCAACACAAUUUAACUGUGUUCCAAACAGAACUAUAUUUAUUCAAAUGUUUGUUUUUGUCCUUAAGGUAUAAUAUUAAAAAUGAUAUAAUCCAAGUGUUUUUUGUUCCCCCAAAAAAGUGACUACCAGAGAUGUGGUAGUCACAUCUUCCACAUCUCUAGCAUAUGUAGCAUAUGUGGUCAGAUUUUCUUCUGACCACAUAUGCUACUACAUUUUUAUGACAUGUUGUCUCAGUAAUUCAGAUGUGAUGAUUUUUUUAAAUUUUUUAAAUAAGCUCGAUAUGAAAUCUGAUGUACUGAACUGCCCCAUAUGUACUUGUUACCAAUGAAAAAUGUGUGUUUGACCUAUAUCAAACUGGACUACCAUCACUGUCUUGUGCAUGUAUUAUUUUAUGCAUAUAUACUGUAUGUAUGUUUAAUGUAAGCACUAAAAAAAUGUGAUUGGUCAAGUUCACUGGAUGAAUGAUUCAGUUUUAGAUUUGCUUAUUCUUCUAAUAAAUAUGCAACAUACAAAAUCGGA